UCUUGAUCUCUUAGAUAGAUUACUCAUUAUACGAACACUUCCAUAUUCUAGAGCAGAAAUCGAACAAAUAGUUAAGUUAAGAGCUACAACGGAGGGACUACAAAUUGAAGAUGAAGCUUUGACUACCCUUGGUGAACUAGUUUUCAGAAAUCGAAAUGGUUAUAGUAUUCGGCUAUACUAUUGGAACUAUAUUUUUGUAAAUUGAGUAGUCACCUAGGAGGCAUAAUGCUGCAUAUGUUGGAAAUUGCAAAGUGUUCAAGAUUGUUAAGUGAACAUAGAGUGAUUCAACACCUACGUGGAUUAGCAUUAAAUAAUGCGAGGACAGGAAAUAUCAAUGUACUUUGCCCUAGAGAAGAUGAAUUUGCACUUAGACACAUUGGCCCGCGAGAAGAAGAACAAUUAGACAUGCUGAGAACCAUUGGUUUCAAGAGUUUAGAGGAAUUAACGAAAGCAGCAAUUCCAGCAAAAAUUCUAUAUAACGAAGAAUUAAAAAUUGAACAAUCGAUUACUGAAUAUGAAUUAUUGAAAAGAAUCACGAAGAUUUCUGAAAAGAAUGAAGUAUGGCGUUCGUAUAUCGGGAUGGGUUAUCACAAUUGUUGCGUUCCCCACACCAUUAUGAGAAAUAUAUUCGAGAAUCCAGGAUGGACAACGCAGUAUACUCCAUACCAACCAGAAAUUUCUCAAGGAAGACUCGAGGGUUUGCUAAAUUACCAAACAAUGGUAUGCGAUUUAACUGGCAUGGAAGUAGCAAAUGCAUCGCUUCUGGAUGAAGGCACGGCAGCAGCAGAAGCUUUGGCUCUUGCUCAUAGGAACAACAAAAGGAAGAAAUUAUUCGUUUCUGAUAAUGUUCAUCCUCAAACGAUUAGCGUAAUUGCUACACGUGCUACUUCCUUGGGUCUCACUUUAGAAAUCGGGGAUGUAUUUCAAAUUGACACCAGUAAAAACGAUAUUGCCGGAAUCCUUGUACAAUAUCCGGACACAACUGGAUCUAUUCACGCAUUUGAGGAUAUUGCAAAAAGGGCGCAUGCUGAUGGGACUCUUGUCUGCGUUGCUACCGAUUUAUUAGCAUUGGCUAUUCUUCAACCUCCAAGUGCAUUCGGAGCUGAUAUAUGCGUCGGUACGAGCCAACGAUUUGGUGUGCCAUUAGGAUACGGGGGUCCUCAUGCAGGAUUCUUUGCAUGUCGAGAAAAAUUGGUGCGUUUGAUGCCUGGUAGAAUGAUCGGUGUGACGAAAGAUUCAACAGGCCGUGAUGCAUAUCGUUUAGCCCUUCAAACACGUGAACAACACAUUAGGAGGGAUAAAGCCACUAGCAACAUUUGCACUGCACAAGCAUUAUUGGCGAACAUGUCUGCUAUGUAUGCGGUGUACCAUGGACCUGAAGGUAUCAAGAACAUAGCAAACCGAGUACACAGUUUAACCGUGACUCUUGCUAAAGGUUUGGAGAAAGCAGGCAAUAAAAUAGAAAACGAAUACUUUUUUGAUACUAUAAAAAUAUCACCCAAGUUAGCCAUGAGUGUUUUAAAAUCUAAUGCGACUUCGCAUAAGAUGAACUUUAGAUAUUACCAAGACGGAAUCGGGAUAUCCCUGGAUGAAACUACGACCGUACAAGAUAUAAACGAUAUCUAUAAGGUAUUUGGUGCAGAAACAACGGUCGAAAAUGUGUGCCAGGAUGAGUUUUGUGUGGACGGAAAGUUGAAUAAUUCGCAUUUCGCUCGCACCACACCGUACCUGCAACAUCCUGUGUUCAGCAGUCAUCGUUCUGAGACAAGAAUAGUUCGUUAUAUGAAAUCGUUAGAAAACAAAGAUGUGUCUCUUGUGCAUAGCAUGAUACCAUUGGGUUCCUGUACAAUGAAACUGAACUCCACUACGGAAAUGAUGCCCUGUAGUUUACCAGGAUUCACGAGCAUUCAUCCUUUUGUACCUAUCGAACAAGCCAGAGGAUACCAACAGUUGUUCGCUGAACUGGAACAUGAUCUAUGCGCUAUAACUGGUUAUGACAAUAUCAGCUUUCAACCGAACAGCGGAGCUCAAGGAGAAUACGCUGGCCUAAGGGCCAUACAGUGUUAUCACGAGUCUAAAGAACAGAAACAUCGACAAGUCUGUUUAAUUCCUAUUUCCGCUCAUGGCACGAAUCCCGCUUCUGCCCAAAUGGCUGGUAUGCGAGUGAAACCUAUCUUGGUGCAGAAAGAUGGUUCCGUGGAUAUUGCACAUUUAAAAGAAAUGAUCGAUAAACACCGAGAAACAUUAUCUUGUUUGAUGAUAACGUAUCCGUCUACGAACGGUGUUUUCGAAGAGACGAUUGGUGACAUUUGCUCUAUGGUUCAUCAAGCCGGAGGUCAGGUAUAUCUGGACGGAGCUAACAUGAACGCUCAAGUAGGGCUGUGUCGUCCGGGUGAUUAUGGCAGUGACGUUUCGCAUCUAAAUUUGCACAAAACUUUUUGUAUUCCUCAUGGAGGUGGUGGACCUGGAAUGGGACCUAUUGGAGUUAAACGGCACCUUUCGCCAUUUCUUCCGACUCAUCCUGUAAUCAAUUGUACGGGUAAUGGUAGCAAUGAAAAGCGACCUGGUACAGUGUCGGCUGCUCCCUUCGGAUCGUCAGCUAUUCUGCCAAUCUCCUGGGCAUACAUCAAAAUGAUGGGUCCUAAAGGAUUAAGGAAAGCCACGCAAGUUGCUAUUCUAAAUGCUAAUUACAUGAGCAAAAGGUUAGAGAAGUUUUACAACACUCUGUACAAAGGGAAAACGGAGUUGGUAGCUCACGAGUUUAUCUUAGAUGUGAGAGAUUUUAAAAAAACGGCGAAUAUUGAAGCCGUGGACAUCGCGAAAAGACUGAUGGAUUAUGGUUUUCAUGCACCUACAAUGAGCUGGCCUGUCGCAGGUACAUUGAUGAUUGAACCAACCGAAUCUGAGGACAAAGGAGAAUUGGAUCGAUUUUGUGACGCUCUUAUUUCCAUAAGGCAAGAGAUUAAUGACAUUGAAAAUGGAAAACUAGACAUUGCCAAUAAUCCAUUGAAAAUGGCACCGCACACUCAGGAGCAAGUGAUAUCGAGUACAUGGGAUCGGCCUUAUUCACGGGAAGUAGCAGCAUUUCCAGCUCCAUUUGUGAAAGGAAGUAAUAAAAUUUGGCCAAGUGUAGGAAGAAUAGACGAUAUAUAUGGCGACACAAAUCUGUUCUGCACUUGUCCUCCUGUUUCUUGAAAUAAAUAAACUAUUAUUUGUAAUUAAGUUUUAUCUUGUACAGUUAGUUCUAAGUAAAUUAUUUAAAUAUUUAUUGUUUUUAUAUUUCUAUACAAACAUACUAUUUAUACAUUAAGUAUAUUCAUGGUGUACCUGUUAUUCAAUGAUUAGCAAGAUUAAUAAAAAGGACUAGAUAAAAUUGCAUCUUUAUUUCGUAUAUAUUAUUAUACU